AUGCUAGUACAAAAACAGGAUUUAUCUCGAGGUAGUAUCGUAGGUAUUCGAAAUAAAUUUGGUAUAAACCUAUCAAAUCAAAAUUUACCAUCAACAAAAACAACAAAUUUAUCAAAAGAAUUGAAUGAAGCUAUCGAACAAUUUCUAAAUAAUAAUGAGAUGACACGAUUGGCACCAGAUAAGAAAAGAAUUAUCGAUAGUAAACAAGAUUUUCAACAACAUAUGAAAUUAGUUCGUGUUCAAUUAAAAAAUGCUGAGUUAAUUCGACAAUUAGCAUUGACAAAUGACAAUGUAGCAAUUAUACAGUUGGAUUGGUUAGAAAAUUAUCAUGUAAAACAAGCUAGGCAGGAAUGUUGUAAGAUUCCAUUAAGAUCUAGUUUUGAAUGGUUAUCAGAUGAAACAAAUCAUCAAUCAGAAAGUACAUGGACAGCAAGUCAUCAUUUAUUAGAUGAAUUCUUUAAUGGAAAACCUGCUAAACAAAUUAUCGAAUUAAAUUUUAUUUCUGAUUCGCCAUCAAGUCAAUGUAGAAAUGAAACCACAAUUUGUUAUUUGAAGUACUAUGCGAGAAUAAAAAACAUGACAAUAAGGUGGUUAUUUUUAGAAAGUGGCCAUGGUCAAGGUAUUGUUGAUGGAGUCGGUUCUGUUAGCAAACGAUUAUUCGAUAAUACUAUUAGAUUAAAUACUGAUGAAUCAUUUCAAGAUGUUGAAGGUUUAAUGAAUAAAAUAAAAGAUUUUACAAAAAUUCGACUCCAUUUUUAUAAGAAAGAAAACAUUAAUUUAUUGAGAAAGGAAUACUAUUAUUAA